UUUAUUAAACGGUAAUACAGUAUAAAACUGUGUCUAUAUUUUGCAGUCAUAUAUCAGUCAUAUGUUUAUGUAAACAAUUUCGACAAAAAAAACAAUUAUUGACCAAAAAUGGCGACAAAAAACAUUGAAGAAAACGACGACAACGAAGAAGAAAACGAAACUCCUGAAGAAAAUCAAGAAUAUCAACAACAAAGGUAUCUCCAACUCAUGGAUAAAGUCGAAGGAAAGAUAUUAACUGAAGAACAGAAACAACAGAAUUCAGAUCUGCAAAGGAGUCUUAAAUUAAGACAUAAAUAUAUGAUUGAUUCACAACAGAGUUUCUGUGAAACCACCAAAAAGUUUAUUUAUCCCAAUUGUCAGACAAUCAAUACACCUGAUUCAGGUGAUGGCGAUGAACCACCUUUUAUUGACGACCCGUGGGGUACAACACUAUCACCCGAUUUGAACUAUAUUUGUAAGAUAGAGGACGGAGUUAUUGGUGUUUAUAGAAAUGAAGAUGAUUUGAAUAAAUCAAAUCGCAUUCCCUACUCUGUGACCACAUUUAAUGCUUUUGUAGACGACAUGAAGUUUUUGUGUCGUAUUAUAGGCGACGGACCGCUUAAAUCACACUGUUUUAAGCGUUUGGCUUAUCUGUCGCACAAAUUUCAACUUCACGUUCUUUUGAAUGACUUGGAAGAGCUUAAAGCACAGAAACUGGUUCCGCAUCGAGACUUCUAUAACGUCCGCAAAGUGGACACUCACGUUCACGCGGCUUCUUGUAUGAAUCAAAAACAUUUAUUGCGAUUCAUUAAGAAGACAAUUAAGACUCGAAAGGAUGAUAAAGUGGUUGUCGAGAACGGCAAAGAACUGACUUUGGAACAGGUCUUCAAUUCAUUGAAUCUCACUUCAUAUGACUUGAGUGUUGAUAUGCUUGACGUUCACGCCGACAGAAACACGUUUCAUAGAUUUGAUAAAUUUAACACUAAAUACAAUCCUAUUGGCGAAAGUCGACUCAGAGAGAUAUUCCUCAAAGCGGACAAUCAUAUCGAUGGCGAAUAUUACGCUGGAAUUCUUAGAGAAGUUAUGAUGGACUUAGAGGAAUCAAAAUAUCAACAAGCUGAAUUAAGAUUAUCAAUAUAUGGCCGCAAAAAGGGUGAAUGGGAUGCGUUGGCCAAAUGGGCGCUUAAAAACAACGUAUAUUCAGAUACUGUUCGUUGGAUUAUUCAAAUACCACGACUUUAUGAUGUCUAUCGAGCAAAUGGAUUAUUUGAAAACUUUGAACAAAUGUUGGAAAAUCUAUUUUUACCACUAUUUGAAGCAACCAAUAGUCCUAAUUCACACCCAGAAUUGCAUUGUUUUCUUCAGUAUGUUAUUGGUUUUGAUUCAGUGGACGACGAGUCUAAACAUGAGAAUCCGUUGUUUGAUAAAGAGAUACAAAUCCCCCCGAAAUGGGUAGACGAGGAAAACCCUCCAUACAAUUAUUAUCUUUACUAUAUGUACGCGAAUAUGUGUGUUCUCAAUCACUUUAGAAAGGAACGGGGUUUCAAUACUUUUGUAUUACGUCCACAUUGUGGAGAAGCCGGUAAUAUUCAACAUUUGGUCGGAGGUUUCCUAUUAAGUGAAAACAUAUCUCAUGGUUUAUCUUUGAGAAAAGUGCCAGUUCUUCAAUAUCUCUAUUAUUUGGCACAGAUUGGUAUUGCAAUGAGUCCGCUGUCCAAUAAUAGUCUGUUUCUUAAUUACCACCGAAACCCUUUGCCUGACUUUUUAUAUCGAGGAUUAUGUGUGUCUCUGUCUACCGACGAUCCCUUGCAAUUCCACUUUACAAAAGAACCAUUGAUGGAAGAGUACUCAAUUGCAGCACAGGUAUGGAAAUUGAGUAGUUGUGAUAUGUGUGAAUUGGCCCGCAAUAGUGUCAUAAUGUCAGGCUUUCCUCAUAAAUUCAAACAACAUUGGAUUGGACCCAAUUAUAGAGCUGAAGGAGUGGCCGGCAAUGAUAUUCAGCGAACUAAUGUUCCCAGCAUUAGGAUUAUGUAUCGGUACGAGACUCUCGUCAAUGAAUUAAAUAAUAUUUUUAUAGCACAACAAUAAGCCGAUUAAACUCUUACUUAUAAUGCAUUUAUACUAAUUUCUAAAUACUUUAAAAAUUAAUUACCGGUAAUAUUAAAUGUAAUGCAUAUUUUACUUACCGUAAUAUUUUUAUCAAUUACCGGCAAUAAUAGCUUAUAUUUCAAGUGCCAUUUAGGAGCAAAAAUAAUAUAUAAGUA